AUGCUUGCCGCAGACAUUUUGGCCGCGGCAAGCCCCCUGACCAUGGCGGACGAUAGUAUGGAGAUCUCUUCGGAGCAUGGCAAUAAUGAUGAGGACAUCGACAUCGAUAUCGAUCUCACAGCUGGUCAGGCCGAUGAAGACUAUGUCCUAGAGGAUGCUGCCUCUUAUGCACCCCUCGAGGACGAACCCCACCAUCAGCCCUCUCCAGCUGUUGGCACCGAUGAUGUGAUGGUUGAUGAGGAUGACCAGUCCUAUGAGAUGAAUGAUACGGAUACCAUACCAGACGACAGCCACCAGAGCAUGGAUCACGAGGCUGCUCCUAUGUCUUUUACCAUGGUUGAUGAAUCCGAAGCUCGAUCUGACCAGCACGAAACUCUGGGCGAAACUCAUUUUGUCGAUGCUUCGGCAAGAGAACCCGAAGUUAUGUGGGAGCAGAAUGAUGGUCCUAACGAAGCCUUAAUCGAAACAGAUGUGCAUCUGGAGGACCCCGAAGAACACGUCGAUCAUGAUCAAGCAGACCAUGUAGACGAUCUAAUUACGCAGGAAGUUGAGGCUUCUACAGCAGAUGCCCCCCAAAAUGGCACACAAUCCAGUACUCCCCGUAAUCGCAGUCCUAUAGGUGCUGAGACUAGCGAACCUCCUAAAAGCCCUUCUGGCGCUCACUCAAAGCCCGCUGAUGCGUCCCCAGAAGACACGGUCAAUAAAACCGACUUUGGUGCUACGACCACCUCCACUUCAAAUGAAGAUGGUCAGGCAUUAAACGGCGAGACAGAAGAACCAUGUCCUGUUAAUGAGCCAAAUGCUUUGCCUGCAAUCCCUGAGAUUUCAGUCCUAUAUCACAAUAUGGAAUAUGCCUUGUUCGCGACAUCCGAAUUGGAUGAUCCAGAUUCUUUCUUUCUUUCAGAUGUUUCUAUUAUCGAAAAGCCAUUUGCCAACUUCUUCAAAGCUAUUCGCGAUGUCAUCAAUGAAGAUCUAGCGGAUGAAGACGAGCUCUGUAUGUCGAUGACAGAUCUGGGUAUUGAAAUUGAGGAGACGUCUGCAUUAACUCAGGAUAUUACACUAGGACAGAUUCUGACUCUGCAUAACAAGUUGCUUGAGAAUGACGGGAUAGACUCUCCUCAUCCCUUCAGUAUCCAAUUUGGCGUCAGACCAAGUCUUUCAAAGAGACUCGCCAACCUUGCGGCAGGGGCUGCAGAGGGUAAGGGCUUGUCUGAGCUGAUCGUAUGGGAUGAACAUAGUGAUAGCGCCAAUGACUCAACGGAAGCAGCUGAGAUUAACGAAGGCGAGGAUUCGAAUGUUGAGGCCUACGAGCCAGAAAAUAAUAAAGACGAAGCCGAGGAGAAAGCUGAGGAGGUACACGAAAGUUCUGAUACCUCCCAAGCGCCAAUCCCUGGCGAGGGUCUAAAAUCUGAUUCAGAGGCAGCCAACGCGGAGGCUUUGAAUGCAUCGGAUAGAACAGAUUCUCAUGAGUUUGUGGCCCAGGGAAACGCUGCCUCUGUUAUCCAGCCGUCACCGAAAGCCGAGACCCCUGGAAACGAUCCUGCCACUGGCGAAUUUGAUGAAGACGGUGAUAUCAUCGACUAUUCAGAAGACGAAGCUGAAUCCCCUCAUAAGUCAGGGAACGAUGCUAAAUCGCGCGCUUCCAAGCUUGAGACUGAUGGCACCAAGACAUACAAUGGUAAUUUGGACAAUUUCAUAUCACCAUGUUUGUUACCCAAUACAUGUUUCUGUUCUAAAUGCAAUGUUCUUCUUUUAGUAGAAUACGAAGCGAUAAACGAAGAGCUCCGACGGCGCUCUAUAUCCCACGCGGCCGGUGAUAGUCGGCUCGAGAAAUCCGCUGAACAGAUAGCGGAUGUUGAAAACGAGGAUGUAGGUCAUGAGCCUGAAGUCGAAAACGGUGUUGAGUAUGAUGAAGAGAACGGCGAUGGGAAUUAUGGGCUUGAAGACGUGGGCUCAGAGCACAAAGAAUCAUUUGAUGGUAAUGACGAAGCCGAGCAUGACGAAGUCGAGCCUGACGAAGUCGAGCCUGAUGAAGUCGAACCUGAUGAAGCCGAGCAUGAUGAAGCCGAGCAUGACGAAGCCGAGCCUGACGAAGUCGAGCCUGAUGAAGUCGAACCUGAUGAAGCCGAGCAUGAUGAAGCCGAGCAUGACGAAGCCGAGCCUGACGAAGUCGAGCCUGAUGAAGUCAGGCCUGAUGAAGUCGAGCAUGAUGAAGUCGAGCAUGCUGAAGUCGAGCCGCAUGAACAUUACUCUGACCUUGACAGACCAUCCCUCGAGUCCCGGAAUGGGCUCGGGUCCGAGGGGGAGACCCGAAAUGGCGAGACUGGCUACGCAAAUCCAGAGGAAGAGAUUGGAUUUGAGGAAGAGGACGAUGUGCAGGCCCAGAAGCUUUUCAGCCUUUCUGGUGGAGAAUCAGGCAUCGAUAUCUCCCUAAAGGAUCCUUCAGGCGAUGACCUCGCAGCAGAUAGCAGCCUUGGAUUUGGCGACGCGGUAGCCUCGGAAAGUGGUACGAGUGAGAAGACGCUCGAGGCUCCGACAGGAGUUGGGGAGGCGCCUGAGGACGAAAUUGACUAUGAUGAUGACGACGAAGAGCAAGGUACUCCAGAGGCCCACGACCCUGUGUCCAACACGAAGGAGCUACCUGUUCCACUUGAGGGCUCAGGUAAGAGACAACGGGAAGAGGCAAACUUGGACGAAGGCACAAGUGUGGGAACCAAAGAAGCGAAACGCCCCCGAUCAUGA